AUGUUUUCAUCGGAAACCGGCAAAUGGAUCAGCUACAAAUUACCUUGCCCUAUUCCCAUCCAAUGGCCGGAACUGGCGGAUGGCCCAAUCUAUUGCUACGGGGCUCUCCAUUGGGAAGUACGUUAUAAUGGCCUGCUUGCAUUUGAUCCUUACAAAGAUCCAAAAUCUGUUCGCCUAAUUCCAUUCCCAGAUGACAGAGAUCUCCUGAGUAAGUAUUUAGACAGUUCUUCUCAAUUAUGUGGGGAGAGCCAAGGGACCCUUCGUUAUUUCGAGGUGGCUCAUGGUCGCAAGCAGUUCUAUUUGUUCAGCAUGUGGGCUAUGAAUGAUUAUGAGAAAGGAGAAUGGUGUUGUGAGUUUAAGUUGAGACGCAGCGAUCUGGAAUUGAGUAAUUGGCUGACUCGGUACGGAUGGUUUAUUCCUUUAUCGUUUCAUCCGUUAAAUCCAAAUGUUGUGUAUUUGUAUUGCAUGGAGCCUGAGCGUAUUGUGUCGUAUAAUAUUCUGAAUAGAAGGCUGGAUUUUGCUUCUAAACCGAAUGACCGCGGUCAAAGUCUUCAUUCUGUGAUCCCAUUUGUGUUGCCAAGAUGGCCGAGGAGAGAAUCCAGAGAAAAUCAAUUCCCGGUUCAAAUAGUAAAUGGGGACAAAAUCAAAAAGCGGUUCACGCAUAGUGCUAGAGCACUGUAUCUUGAUGUGCUAUUAGGGAGGAUGGAGUCGUGGCGGUUUGGGUGAUCCGGCGGCGACGGUGGUUUGAUGAUGUACAAAUGGUGGUGGUUCGUCGCAGACUGCGGUGGUCCAAUGGUGGUGUAUGGCAGCAGGAAAUUAUCAGGGAUGAAAAGCAGUGCCAGUGCAAGGGAAGUGGAAGAUGUUCCUGAGUUGAUGCAGCGUAUACAAUCAUGGUUGCCGGUAAAAGAAGCAGCCCGCACAAGCGUGUUGUCCAAGUCAUGGCUGUACGCCUGGUCUACCAUCCCUAUCCUCAUCUUCAGUGUUGGAAGAGAAAGAUGCAUGAAGUUGGCGUACAUGGACCGCGUUCUAUACAGGUAUCUCCGUGACAACAUACCAAUCGAAAGGUUUGACCUUAUGAUGGACGUCGAGAACCAGGAGUCAGCUUCUCAUGCUGAAAAAUGGAUGGGGCCCGUGGCAAACAAAACUUGUCUCAAAGAGUUUUCCCUCUCAAUCACCCUUAAUGGUGCCUCGUUUACGUUGCCAGAUGAGAUACUCUCGGGUGAAAACCUAACUAAGAUAACAGUUUCAGGUACGACUGGGGGCCGUGUUCCGAUGACGACUAGCCAGCAUCCUGUGAUCAAGUGUGUGUCCCUACGAGAACUGCACUUGGAUUGUGUAUGCAUAAGUGAAGAGGCACUUAAUCACAUAUUGUCGUCUUGUAGCUUGCUUGUUAAGAUAGUGCUUUUAAAUUCUUGCAAUGGGUUCAACACCAUCAAGGUUAAAAACCUUCCUCGUCUUUAUGAAUUACGAAUAAAUUUAAAUGCUGUAGACUCUACUGCUUUGGAAAUCAGUGAUGUCCCAAAUCUUGGCCUGUUUAGCUACAAACUAGAUGUACGAUUUUGGCUGCACGAUCACCCCCCUCCUCCAUUCAACGCCUCUUCAAUAUCAUUAGGAAGAAGCGUGACACACUUAACGUUAGCUGGUGUGAUAACGGACAAUGCGUGUCUUGACAUCUUCAAAUCGCAAUUUCCUUUUCUCCAGAGUUUGACACUUUAUUUGACAUCUUGGAUGUUGGGAAGCUUCCAUUUAACAUGUCCUUCCAUCAAAAUAUUGUUCUUGCUGUCGUGCCCAGCCAUGGUUAUCGAUGUACAAGUUUAUGCUCCAAAAUUACUUUAUGUCCAUCUUUCUGGCUGCAUAUUGCCUAGUCUUCUGUUUCCACUCUCGUCUCUUCAGCAUUUCAAGGUUUCACUCAUGCUCCAGCUUCCUGUUGAUGCAGACUUUUUUCUUAUGAUGAGGGAAGCAUUCGAGUUAUCACGCUUGUGCUACCUUCAUAUAUCAACUGACAACUCUAAUCCACCAUUGGAUAUCGACAUCGAUGAUCUACGAACAAGGCUCCUGCUUCCUCCUGCUACUAACAUGCAAGAACUGUGGUUUGAAACGGAUCAGGACGAAGGCCUGUGGGAGCGAUCUCCAUUUUUUGAUGCAUUCUUUGAGAUUUGCCAUCCCAAGCAAGUAUUUCCACAGCCAGAUGUUUCCUUCAAGCAAAACAAUCACUUUUGCAGGCUUAUGUUGAGGGAGGUAUUGGAGAAAAAGAAUACUAGAACUGCGUAUUGGCCUCAUUACCUGAAACAUGUUCAAAUAAGAUGGGAUCCUCAUAAAAAAUGGAAAGCCCUAACAAAUUCCCACAGAAGCUUGCUAGACGAGUCCACUCCUGAUUUCUACCCAGAGUUCAAACUAAAGUGGCGUUAACCAUAAUCUCUAUUUGUUUUAUUAUUACAUGUUUUAAUUUUCGUUGUAUCCUAUGUAUUUCAAACAUAUUUAAACAUAUAAUUAUAAAUGUUAUAUUUAUUUGAUAAUUAUAAAUGUUAUAUUUAUUUGAUACGCCAUUUGCUGCAUAUAUAAACACACCCGAUUAUUAUUUGUUGCUAAUUAUUGUAUACCUAU